AUGACUGGAUAUAUUCCACUUGCAAAAAACGCCAUCCAUCUCUUCCAAAAGGGCUUAGGUCACGGUCCCUUCUCAUCGGACCUGCUCACAAAGACUCUGGAAGACUUAGAUAAGGUGCUUGAGAACUCUUCGACACUUACCGUGCGGGAUCUCCCCGCGUUUACCGAUGCUGCGAAUGCUCUCGGUAAGGGAGUAGAUGAUAGGAAGUUUCUGCUUGAGAAAUUGGUUGUACUAAUGUCUCGUCUUCCGGAUGACUCGGAAUUAGGGAGAAGACUUCAGAACACUGUCAUUGAUAUAUGUGAGCGGUUUACUUUGCAAGCAUGCACUAUCUACAUAUACGCACCCAUAUUUCAACUUUUUGGAGGCAUAUAUCCGCUGUACCCCUUAAAACACGCUUCCUCAAAGCAGACCAACUACGCAUUCCGUAGUGCAGAUGGAUCGAACAAUAAUGUUCUCUUCCCUUCGUUCGGACAGGCAGGCCAGCCUUACGCACGUUCCGUGUCUUCGAUGAAUACGGUUCUCCCAUCGUUUUUCCCUGAUCCAGAUAUAGUAUUUGACGCUCUUCUUUGCCGGCGUCCUCCCUCUCCCCAACAAGCAUCAUCCUCGUAUUUCCAGUCUCAUCCAGGCGGGCUUUCAUCUCUCUUCUUCGCAUUUGCCAAUUUUAUCAUUCACUCCAUAUUUCACACCAAUCUGGACAACCCUCGCAUCAACGAUGCGAGUUCGUAUCUGGAUCUGAGUGUGUUAUACGGCAGCUCGGAGGAGGACUAUAUAGCCGAACGUAUUCUCGCGAUUAAUGAGAAUGGGACUUAUUAUUCGCCAUCUUCUCCCCCCAUCAUUUCUGCCACUUCAGCUCAGUCCAUUAGUAGUUCUAUGCCAUUUGACGCAACUUCCCCUCACAGUAACGACACUAACCGCUCCCGCCUCCUCUCCCAAUGCGAUGAAAUUUUCCAUCGCGCUCGCCUCGUCAACACAGCUUACUUCAUGCAGAUUGUGUUAAGAGAUUACGUGGGCGGGAUUUUAGGCCUUGUCAGAGAUGGGCUGGAGUGGAGAUUAAACCCGCUUGGAUGGAGCUCCCAGGAAAGUAGUGGGCCCUCUGGAGGUCAACGCGAAGGCCAGACACCACGAGGCGAAGGGAGUUCUGUUUCGAUGGAAUUCAACCUGAUGUAUCGAUGGCAUGCCGCGAUAUCGGAGGAAGAAGAGAAGUGGCUAGAAGGCGUUAUGAGGGAAAUGCCCGUAGCGGACUUUAGAACUACCGCAACAAAGUAUGUGAACGAUAGGACAAGAGGUAGUGUCAAAACCUGGACGUUUGGAAGUCCUACUUCGACCCUACGCUUUUAUUCUUUCGCCUACUGUUUUGAUGCCACUAUCUCUUCUCCCGCCCUUGCCAUUGCCAAAAGUUUGGACCGUCUUCCUUCCGGUGCUUUCUCUUCUGCAGAGCUCUCGGAUAUCCUACAUCGUGCCACUGCUUCCCCGGCUUCCUCUUUUGGCGCACGUAAAGUCCCGAAGGCCAUGAAACCGAUAGAAAUUGCUGGAAUAAGGUGGGCGAGGAGUGUUGGAGGGUGCACGGUCGGCCUUUACGCAGAAGAAUGCAAACCCCCGAUACCUGGAGCAGGUUUAUGCCCAGGAUACACACUCUCGCGCGCUAUACUUGCCGACGCUGUUUGUUUAACGCGAGGAGACAGGUUUUUGACGGUGGACUGCACACCUCAUAACCUAACCUCCUGGGGUUUCCAAGAUAUUCAACCCAAUAUAGAAGAUGGUUCGAUGGGAGGUAUGCUCACGAAGCUCUUGUUCAGGACACUUCCUGGAGAGUACGUAGCAGGCAGCGGAUACGCGCACUUUCCUUUUUUGGUACCAUCGUUUGUAAAGGAGUCAUGUUUUGGCAAGGAUACUAAGGUUGGAGAGGAUAAGCUUGGUGGUAGAGGGCAGCCUAAGUUGAACAUCUGGAGGAACCUUAAUAUAAGUGCACCUGGCACAUGCGAGGUGGAUGUGAGGAAGAGAGGAUGGGUGAACCAGGAGAUGUACAAGUGGGAGGCGCUGGAUGUAGGCAUCAAAAAUGGAGUAGGAUUUAAGAACGGUGGGGUCGAGCUUCAUAUGUGUAAAGACUUCUUUUUACAGUAUGAGGCUCGUAUGAGGCUUCUCACAAAGGGUGGGAUGAACGGAUUGGACUCAUAUCACAAUGUGAUCGAUGUGGCUCUCGUGAACCAAGUGGAAUUGUCCUCGUUUACACACCUUCUUAUCUCCGAGAAAUCUAUUCAGUGUAAUCGCCACAAUGCCGGUUUGCCAGCAGAUGUUAACGAUAUGUUUGUCGACGUGGUGAAGGACGUGAUCAACCUUGUCCCAGUUUAUUGGGUGGUUAAUAACAUGCUUAUGUUGCCACUGAAGGCCAGUGCGAGCUUACGUGGAAUGUAUACAUUGCAAGACUGGUAUGGAAUGUUCUCUGAUGUGUCCAAGUAUCUGUACUUCAAUAAUGGCCAAGUCAACGACUGGACAUACCGGGAGAAAGGUACACGAGCUACUUCAGAGAUUAUACGGCAUCUUAAAGCCAGUUUGGCGGAAAUAUGCAAAAGCACUCUCUCCCUCGCCGAGUUGACCCAGUCAGUUCUUGCCUGGCUAGGAGGCAGCAAGGAGAGGGGAGAGUUUCUAAAAGAGGUUUUAUCCGCUAUCCCCGCUGACCGUCAGCGCGAUGCGUACGAUAUCCAAAUUGAACACGCUGCGUAUAGUCUAUUUUCGGAAUUGAUUCCUACCGCUGUUUUGUUCGCAAGUGCUAUGGCUACGGUUGUGGACUAUUAUCUAGAUGACAGGUCGCGCGAUGCAUGCCAGGAGCUGCAAAGACUGGCUGCAGCGAAGAGUCCAGAGGCUAAUGUACAAAUACUACCCUAUGUCUACAAGGCACUUGAGAACCGGCGUCAUGAUUGGCAGAAGCAUCUCCCCGGAAAUGUGAAUGGCAAUAGUGCCACGCCCGCACACGUUAAUGGCGGCGGUCAUUUGAAUGAUUUUUCUAGUGCUCAUGCAAAUGAUGCUCGAAUCAUAAACGGAAAUGGCCAGAAUGCUCAUGUGAAUGGCAUUCACGAAGAAAACAAAAACUCAGCUUGUGAUUAUGCACGACUGAGGCAGAAACAUUCUGGCGUCGGAAGUGACAAGGGGUAA